GUCCUUACCCGGCCUGCCCCGCGCGGCUCCUCCGGAAGCGGACCCGGUCUCCUCGGAAGCGGCGCUGCGGUGCCCCGGCCGCGCGGGCUGGCGGCGUCCCAGCCCCGAGGGCAGGUGCGGGCCGGCUGCUGCCAUGGCCGGAGGGCAGGACAUGUUCGACGCCAUCCUGAUGGCGGAUGAGAGGUUUCAUGGGGAAGGCUAUCAGGAAGGCUAUGAAGAAGGCAGCAGUUUGGGGAUCAUUGAAGGAAGACAGUACGGCACAUUCCAUGGAGCUAAAAUUGGAUCCGAGAUCGGGUGCUACCGAGGCUUUGCUUUUGCGUGGCGAUGUCUCCUGCACAGCCGUGCCACGGAGAAAGACAGCAAAAAGAUGAAGGUCUUAGAAUCGUUGAUUGGGAUGAUUCAGAAAUUUCCUUAUGAUGACCCUACUUAUGAUAAACUUCAUGAAGACUUAGACAAGAUCAGAGGAAAAUUCAAACAGCUUUGUUCAUUACUAAAUGUUCAGCCGGACUUUAGAAUUAGUGCGGAAGGUUCUGGACUUUCAUUUUGAGGAUGACAGAUGAACAAAGACGAGACAUCAAGGAACAGAUGUCCAUAUGUUAAGUGUUUAAAAGCAUGAUUAAAGGCAAAACAGUGA